UCCCGUGGGGACUGGCUCCGCCCCACCCCGCCCCGGCUCCCCGGGAGGGCAGGCUCUGGGGCGGGGGCGGGGGCGGGGACGGGGCGCGGGGGCGUGGUUCUGCCGUAUAAGAACGGAGGGGGCGGCGGCGGGGCGGCUCACUUUGGUGCCGCUGCCUGGGGGCUGUAGUGACUGAGCCGCUCCUCCGGGGGGCUGCCCACGCCAAGGACCUUCCUCGGUCGCCUCCUCUUCCACCGCCCAGUUUCCUCGGCCAGAACAUCCCCCAAGAUGGCAGAGGAGAGCAGCAGUGCCCGGGACUGCGUUUCCUUCAGCGUGCUCAACUGGGAUCAGGUUAGCCGGCUGCACGAGGUCCUGACCGAGGUCGUACCCAUCCACGGACGGGGCAACUUUCCAACCUUGGAGAUAACUCUGAAGGACAUCGUCCAGACCGUCCGCAGCCGGCUGGAGGAGGCAGGCAUCAAAGUGCAGGAUGUCCGGCUGAAUGGCUCUGCGGCUGGCCACGUUCUGGUCAAAGACAACGGCCUGGGUUGCAAAGACCUGGACCUGAUCUUUCACGUGGCUCUUCCAACAGAAGCAGAGUUCCAGCUGGUCAGAGAUGUGGUUCUGUGUUCCCUUCUGAACUUCCUGCCAGAGGGCGUGAACAAGCUCAAAAUCAGCCCGGUCACUCUGAAGGAGGCGUACGUGCAGAAGCUGGUGAAGGUCUGCACCGACACUGACCGCUGGAGCCUGAUUUCCCUCUCCAACAAGAACGGGAGGAACGUGGAGCUGAAGUUUGUCGACUCCAUCCGGCGUCAGUUUGAGUUCAGUGUGGACUCUUUCCAAAUCAUCCUGGACUCUUUGCUUUUUUUCUAUGACUGCUCCAGUAACCCCAUCUCUGAGCACUUCCACCCCACAGUGAUCGGGGAGAGCAUGUACGGGGACUUUGAGGAAGCCUUUGAUCACCUGCAGAACAGACUCAUCGCCACCAAGAACCCCGAAGAAAUCAGAGGCGGGGGACUCCUCAAGUACAGCAACCUUCUCGUGCGGGACUUCAGGCCCACGGACCAGGAAGAAAUCAAAACCCUAGAGCGAUACAUGUGCUCCAGGUUUUUCAUCGACUUCCCGGACAUCCUUGAACAGCAAAGGAAGUUGGAGACCUACCUGCAAAACCACUUUGCCGAAGAAGAGAGAAGCAAAUACGACUACCUCAUGAUCCUUCGCAGGGUAGUGAACGAGAGCACCGUGUGCCUCAUGGGACACGAACGCAGGCAGACCCUGAACCUCAUCUCCCUCCUGGCCUUGCGCGUGCUAGCAGAACAAAACAUCAUCCCCAAUGCCACCAACGUCACCUGUUACUACCAGCCAGCUCCUUAUGUCAGUGAUGGCAACUUCAACAACUACUACGUUGCCCAUCCUCCAGUCACCUACAGCCAGCCUUACCCUACCUGGCUGCCCUGUAACUAACCUUGAGACCUGAGGGUUUCCACAGUGGGAGCCCCAGUAGAGCCAGGGCUCUUAGGUAGGGGAGCCUCCUUCUAGAUGUAGGUGUUUGGCUUUUAAAGGGGAACUCAGCUCUGAUUCUGCUUUUUUUUUUUUAAUUUGUGUACCCAUUGGAAUGGGUCUACCGUAACCAUGAGCCAACCCUAAAAGGACCCAUAGUAAGUGCCACUUUGGAAAAUGCUGUAGGAAGUGUGAACUAUCCACAUCUUUCCAAGAUAGACACUAACGUGUCACAUCCCAAGCAUUCGCACGUGGGGGUUUGAGCUCUGCAAUAACAGAUUGGGAGAGCUUGGGCAGCAUUUGAGAAGUGUUAAGCUACUUUUCUUCUCACUUGAGCCAUGAGUAGGCUGUGUUGGCCCUCACUUGGGAUUCUCAGCAGUUACAUGGAAGUUGCGCUGAUAAUCUCUUGUAUCAAUUUUAGUCAGGCAGAAAAUGGUAAACAUGAGGGUGCUCUUGUGACCUAAUUUUUGUUCAAGGGACUAAAUUGCUUGUGUUUAUUCCCUGUCAGCAGAGCUGAGAAUUUCUUUCAUCAAUAAACCAAAGCCAAUAGCUGGAGAAUUGAGAUCUGGUUGGAAGUGGUUUAUGGUUUAGAUGCUGUGUUAUCUUGAGGAAUUGUGAGAUAUUGCUGAGAAAAAAAAAAUAACCUUUUCUUGAGAUGUAACUUGAAAACAAAAUAAAAUGUGGAACAUAA